CAGACAGAGCAUCCUCAGUCCAGCAGGGGACAGCUGGGGGUCUCCACUCGCCUUUAAGAGCCCUGCGAGUCCAAGGACGCCCACUUCUUCAAACCCACCGCGGUUGAUCCAGACGAGGAGAAAUACCAAACGGAGACGCGAGAGGAUUAAAAGACAAUUUUCUGCCCUAUUUUUUCGUAUUUCUUCUGAUUGGUGCCCCCUCGCCCGGCCGCCAGCAUGAUGUCCUAUUUGAAGCAGCCGCCGUACACGGUGAACGGUCUGAGCUUAUCUACCUCAGGAGUGGACCUGCUGCAUCCUUCAGUGGGAUACCAAGGUGCCCCUCGCAAACAGAGGAGAGAGAGGACGACCUUCACUCGGGCCCAGCUCGACGUUCUGGAGAACCUAUUCGGCAAGACUCGGUAUCCUGACAUCUUCAUGAGAGAGGAGGUGGCCUUAAAGAUCAACCUGCCCGAAUCCCGAGUGCAGGUAUGGUUCAAAAACCGACGCGCCAAGCAUCGGCAGCAGGCCCAACAAACCCAAAGUGGAGUGCAGAACAAGGCUGUCAGCAAGCCGGUGAAAAAGAAAGGCUCUCCGAUCCGAGAGGCCAGCUCAGAGAGCGGUGCCAGCGGCCAGUUCACGCCGCCCUCCAGUACCACACUCCCGGCUGUGAGCAGCAGCGCGGCGCCGGUGUCUAUCUGGAGCCCGGCCUCCAUCUCCCCUCUCUCCGACCCGCUGUCUACCUCCUCCUCCUCCUGCAUGCAGCGCUCGUAUCCCAUGACAUACACCCAGGCGUCGGGCUACAACCAGGGCUACACGGGCUCCUCGUCCUACUUCACCGGGAUGGACUGCGGCUCCUACCUUUCGCCUAUGCACCACCAGCUAUCCGCCGCGGGCUCCGCCAUGAGCCCCAUGGGCAGCAACGGGGUCUCCAGCCACCUGAGCCCCGCGUCUUCCCUCUCCUCGUCGGCGUACGGGACGGCGGGGCUGGGCUUCAGCGGCGCCGCGGACUGCCUGGACUAUAAGGACCAAACAGCCUCCUCAUGGAAGCUCAAUUUCAACGCGGACUGUUUGGAUUAUAAAGACCAAGCAGCGUGGAAAUUUCAAGUGUUGUGAGAGGAGAGAACUAAAGGGACAAUUUUGACUUAACUGCAGACUGAACAGGCAAAUUAAAAACCCAAGGCUGGGAGCAGCAAGUGCGGCGUUUUUCUACAUAUAACAGGCCCCAGCUUCUACCUCGGGCAGAGCAGAACAGGACUGCCAGCCGGUUGUCUCACUUGUUGGGUUAAUUUAUUGAACAUUCAGACUGACUUCUCCCCAACUUUGAUCAAGGACACGGAACAAAUGUGUUGACCAAAAGGAGAAAAAAAAGGGUCAAAAGAGUGAAAGAUCCAAGCCUAACUUGGUUGAGUUUGAGGAAUAGGUCAGGUUUUCUUCUAAGCUCCUUAAAGACUCCCCUCUCUUGUCUUUUUUUAAUUGUGUUGGCACGCUGAAGGGCCCCUUUGAUCAAAGCGUUGUGGAUGAGCGUGUGUGUGUGUGUGUGUGUGUGUGUGUGUGAGUGUGUGUGUGUGUGUGUGUGUGUGUGUGUGUGUGUGUGUGUGUGUGUGUGUGUGUGUGUGUGUGUGUGUGUGUGUGUGUUUGAGAGAGAGAGCAGCUCUGACAUGAACCUGGAUGCACUAUUAAUUUAUGACAAAUAUGUUUAAGACUAGUUAUAAGAGACAAUCAGUCCGUUUGCGUGUGCUCAUAAAUGUCCCUUAUGUGUUUUUGAAUUAUUUCCCCCCUGUGUUAGAUUUCUUUUUUAAAUUGUGAUUCUUUGUACCACCUGUAUGCAAUUUUUCUUUGCGCCUUACGUGCGCCACAAACCCAGCUGUGAAUUUGAUAGAUUUAUUUUCAUGUCUCCAGUGUUAAUGGUAAAUUAUUAUAAGGACAUAUUAGUUGAAUGAAAUAGGGAUUGAAAUCAAGCCAGCAGCGAGCAAGGUCCAUUUGAGCUGUAAAGUGCGGUGAGAAGGCCACAAACACACUAAAUAACAAUAAAGUUCACUUGACCUGACCCAA